CCCUUCUCCUCCAUCCCUGCAGCUGAAGGCACCCGGUGCCCCGACCCGCCUGCAGGCAAGCCCGCGAUGGCGGCCAAACGCAAAGGCGGCCUGAAGCUCAACGCCAUCUGCGCCAAGCUGAGCCGCCAGGUGGUGGUGGAGAAGGGAGCGGAGGCCGAGGACAGCCCACUGCGGCCCCGGGACAAAGAGCGCGGUGGCCCUGAGUCGGGGGUGGCCCGGGCCCCCCGCAGCGAAGAGGACAAGAGGCGGGCGGUGAUCGAGAAGUGGGUGAACGGAGAGUACAGCGAGGAGCCGGCACCCACGCCCGUGCUGGGGCGGACUGCCCGGGAGGGUCUGGAGCUGCCACCCGAGGGCGUCUACAUGGUGCAGCCCCAGGGCUGCAGCGACGAGGAAGACCACGGCGAAGAGCCCCCCAAGGAUGGCAGCGUCAUGGAGGAGAAGGACUCGGACGGGGCAGCCUCCAAGGAUGAUAGUGGCCCCAGUGCCAAGCAGGCUUCAGGAGAGGCCUCCUCGCUGCGGGACUACGCGGCCUCCACCAUGAGCGAGUUCCUUGGCAUGUUUGGCUACGACGACCAGAACACGAGGGACGAGCUGGCCAAGAAGAUCAGCUUCGAGAAGCUGCGCGCGGGCCCCACACCUGACGCGGCCGCCUCUUCGGCGCCGCCCGCCGCCUCUGCGCCGCCCGCCUCCGAGGAUGCCCUCAGCAAGCGGGCGCGGUUCUCCAAGUAUGAGGAGUACAUCCGCAAGCUCAAGGCCGGCGAGCAGCUGUCCUGGCCGGCCCACGGCAGCACAGCCGAGGGGCGGUCCGGCAAGGAGGCCCUGGGCUCCCUGCCUGGCCUGCGGCUGCCCAGCAGCACCGCGCACCUGGAGACCAAGGCCACCAUCCUGCCCCUGCCCUCACACAGCAGUGUCCCCAUGCAGGGCCUGGUGGCCCGUGCCUCCAAGUACGACUUCUUCAUCCAGAAACUGAAGACGGGUGAGAACCUGCGGCCCCAGAACGGGAGCGCCUACAAGAAGCCGUCUAAGUACGACCUGGAGAACGUCAAGUACCUGCACCUCUUCAAACCCGGGGAGGGCAGCCCCGACAUGGGAGGGGCCAUCGCCUUCAAGACGGGCAAGGUGGGGCGUCCCUCCAAGUACGACGUCCGGGCCAUCCAGAAGCCGGGCCCCGCCAAGGUUCCGCCCACCCCCAGCCUGGCUCCUGCGCCCCUCGCCAGCGUGCCCGCUGCUCCAAGUGCCCCCGGGCCAGGCCCUGAGCCUCCUGCCUCCCUGCCUUUCAACACUCCCGAGUACCUGAAGUCAACCUUCUCCAAAACAGACUCCAUCACCACGGGGACCGUCUCCACUGUCAAGAACGGAUUGCCCACAGAUAAACCAGCUGUCACUGAAGAUGUAAACAUUUACCAGAAAUAUAUUGCCAGGUUCUCAGGCAGCCAGCACUGUGGCCACAUCCACUGCGCCUACCAGUACCGCGAGCAUUACCACUGCCUCGACCCCGAGUGCAGCUACCAGAGGUUCACGAGCAAGCAGGACGUGAUCCGGCACUACAACAUGCACAAGAAGCGGGACAACUCCCUGCAGCACGGCUUCAUGCGCUUCAGCCCACUGGACGACUGCAGCGUCUACUACCACGGCUGCCACCUCAAUGGGAAGAGCACCCACUACCACUGCAUGCAGGUGGGCUGUAACAAGGUGUACACGAGCACGUCGGACGUGAUGACCCACGAGAACUUCCAUAAGAAGAACACCCAGCUCAUCAACGAUGGCUUCCAGCGCUUCCGAGCCACCGAGGACUGCGGCACGGCCGACUGCCAGUUCUACGGGCAGAAGACCACGCACUUCCACUGCAGGCGACCCGGCUGCACAUUCACCUUUAAGAACAAGUGUGACAUCGAGAAGCACAAGAGCUACCACAUCAAGGACGACGCCUACGCCAAGGAUGGCUUCAAGAAGUUCUACAAGUACGAGGAGUGCAAGUACGAGGGCUGUGUGUACAGCAAGGCCACCAACCACUUCCACUGCAUCCGCGCCGGCUGCGGCUUCACCUUCACCUCCACCAGCCAGAUGACCUCCCACAAGCGCAAGCACGAGCGCCGGCACAUCCGCGCCUCGGGCUCGGGUGUGCUGGGGCUGCCGCCCUCGCUGCUGGGCGCCAAGGACACGGAGCACGAGGAGUCCAGCAACGACGACCUGGUUGACUUCUCUGCCCUGAGCAGCAAGAACUCCAGCCUCAGCGCCUCCCCCACCAGCCAGCAGUCCUCCGCCUCCCUGGUCACCGCCACUGCCACCUCCGAGGCUGGGCCCAGUGCCACCAAGCCUCCCAACAGCAAGAUCUCGGGGCUGCUGGCCCAGGGCCUGCCUGGCUCCAUCCCCCUGGCGCUGGCCCUCUCCAACUCGGGCCUGCCCGGCGCCGCGCCCUACUUCCCCAUCCUUCCGGGCCGGGGCAACACCUCCCUGCCUGUGGGUGCCCCCGGCCUCAUGGGUACCAUGUCGUCAGGGACAGCAGCCUCAGUAACCCCCGACACACCCGCUCUGGCUGCCUCGGGAGCUGGCGACUCGGCCGCAGCGGCAACUGCCUCUGUCCCGCUGGCCCCCGCCUCCAUCAUGGAGAGGAUCUCGGCGAGCAAGGGCCUCAUCUCGCCCAUGAUGGCCAGGCUGGCUGCGGCCGCCCUCAAGCCCUCUGCCACCUUUGACCCAGGAAAUGGGCAGCAGGCCACCCCUGCCAGGUUUCCCCCAGCCCCGGUGAAGCAGGAGCCCGGUGAGAGUGCUGGCGCCCCAGGUCCCCACGAGGCCUCCCAGGACCGCAGUUUAGACCUGACUCUGAAGGAGCCCAGUAAUGAAUCAAAUGGCCACGCAGUCCCGGCAAAUUCAUCUCUUUUAUCCUCGCUUAUGAAUAAGAUGUCUCAGGGCAAUCCCAACCUCGGCAGCCUGUUGAACAUCAAGACAGAAGCGGAGGGGAGCCCCGCCGGGGAGUCCUCGCCCUUCCUGGGCAAGGCCGUGAAGGCGCUGGUUCAGGAGAAGCUGUCAGAGCCCUGGAAGGUCUACCUUCGCAGGUUUGGCACCAAGGACUUCUGCAACGCCCAGUGUGACUUCCUCCACAAGGCCCACUUCCACUGCGUGGUGGAGGAGUGCGGCGCGCUUUUCAGCACCCUGGACGGGGCCAUCAAGCACGCCAACUUCCACUUCCGGACAGAGGGAGGAGCAGUGAAAGGAAAUGCGGAGGCUUCCUUCCCGGCCUCGGCUGCUGAGACCAAACCUUCCUUGGCCCCCUCAUCCCCUCCAGCGCCUCCCGUCACCACGGCCACGGCUUCCUCUCUCGAGGGGCCCACUCCCAGCCUGGCCGCCGUGCCCUCCAGCCCCACCCUGCUCGCCUGGAAGCAGCUGGCUUCCACCAUACCCCAGAUGCCUCAGAUUCCAGCGUCAGUGCCUCACCUGCCCACUUCGCCCUUGGCAACGACUUCUCUAGAAAACGCCAAGCCCCAGGUCAAACCCGGAUUCCUCCAGUUCCAGGAGAAGUGA